AUGGCCGCCAACAAAGUCGUCAUUCUCACCGGAGCAUCGCGAGGCAUUGGUCUUGCAAUUGCACACUAUCUGCUUAGACAAUCAUGUCGCGUCGUGACGGUUGCCAGGAGCCGCGAGCCCAUGGACAAGCUGAGCCAGCAAUACCCUGGACAAGUCGAGGUGCUCGCUGGUGACCUUUCUGAUCUCUCGCUCGGCCAAAAGGCAGCAGACUUGGCCAAGUCCAAGUGGCAGCGCCUGGACAGCAUCAUUGUCAACCACGGCAUUCUUGACCCUGUCAAGAGAGUCGCUAAUGUCGACGCAGAGGAGUGGAGACAGUUGUUCGACGUGAACGUCUUCUCGGCCAUCGCUCUGGUCAAAGCAUCCUUGCCAGCACUCCGCGAGUCCAAGGGCAGUAUCGUUCUUUGCUCUUCCGGCGCAGCCACCGGCGCUUACUCGACCUGGGGAGCCUAUGGCGCAUCCAAAGCUGUGUUGAACCACCUCGCCAUGACUCUUGCAGUCGAGGAACCCGAUGUGACCACUUUGUCGAUCCGCCCUGGUGUCGUGGACACAGAUAUGCAAGUUUCUAUCCGCGACAAACACAACACCAGCAUGGAUGCAAAGGAUGCAGCCAAGUUCAAGGAGCUGAAGGAGACUGGAGGUCUGCUCAAGCCUGAGCAGCCUGGUCAUGUCAUGGCCAAGUUGGCAUUGGACGCACCCAAGAACCUGAACGGCAAGUUCUUGAGUUGGAACGCUGAGGAGCUGGCGGCCUUUCAGGAGUAG